GCAGUCGCUCAGCUGUCUCACACACACACACACACGCAGAGGCAGAUACGCGCGCGCACGGAGAGAGCGCAGGAGUCUCGCGCAGAGUUUCACCAAACAGAAAGUGAUAGAGUCGGUAAACGUGCACUUCACGCCGCCGGAGCCGGAGCCUCAGCACUCGGACGGGGACUGGUACGGAUACAUCUCGUAUCGGAGUUGUGAGCAAUGCGCUGGCAGCAUGGCCAGAUGGUUCAAGGAGCACCUGGGUUUCAAAACCACCAAAGCCCCGCAACCUCCGAAACCGGACUACCGACACUUCCACACCGCCGUCUCCAGCCCCCCGGCGUUCAGCCUCCAGCAGCAGACGGGCACCGGGUUACUGUCCGCGCAGCCCGACAUCCUCACCGCAUACAAACUCCAGAAGGAGCUGGACUUCGAGGAUCCGUACACGCCGGGCGGAAACGUGCCCUUCUCCACCGGCCUGAGUUCCGCGGGCUCGCCGGACAUCAAGUACGUGUCUCCGAAGCACCGGCUCAUAAAGGUGGAGACGGUUGAGCGCAGCAGCUCGAGCUCGGGCAGCAGCAGCGGGGCGACCGCGGUCAAGACCCCCAGCUCCCCGCCCGCAGAGCCCGAGAACGGCAAGCAGGAGAAGCUCAUCAUCUUAGAGGACUAUGCCGAUCCCUUUGACGCAGCGGACCAGGCGGCCAGCACCCAGACGGUCACAGAAAAGCCAACGGAGAACGAUGGCUACAUGGAGCCCUAUGAAGCUCAGAAGAUGAUGGCUGAGAUCCGAGGCGGUCGCGCUCCUAAAGACGGUCCGGUCCAGCAGCAUCCUCUCUACGACACCCCGUACGAGCCGGAGGAGAACGGAGCGGAUCCAGACGGAUGUGUGUGUUCCCGCGAGAGCAGAUUACCGCAGGACGACGAGAGGCCGCCGGAGGAGUACGACCAGCCCUGGGAGUGGAAGAAAGACCGCAUAUCCAAAGCCUUCGCAGUGGAGAUUAAGGUCAUUAAGGAUCUUCCGUGGCCUCCUCCGGUCGGGCAGCUCAACACCGGUCCUCCUCUGAUGGAGGCGGUGGAGGCUCCGUCCUCUCCGGGUCUCAACACCACAGCCUCGGCCUGCGACCAGCUCCAGCACGUGCAGUUUGACGGCGUGGACAAGUCCCACAUGUCUCCCACUAAGGAGCUGAAGUGUCGUCCGCUGCAGAGGCACUCGAGCGGCUGUCUGGUCAGCACUAAGAUGAGCUCUGUGGAGCUCAGCGGGCCGAGCGUGGGCGAGCGCAUCGACCCGUCCAUGCCUCUGGAGAGCCAGUUCUGGUAUCACGGAGCCAUCAGCCGCACGGACGCCGAGGCUCUGCUGCGCUUGUGUAAAGAGGCCAGUUACCUGGUGAGGAACAGUGAGACCUGUAAGAACGACUUCUCGCUCUCGCUCAAGAGCAGUCAAGGUUUCAUGCACAUGAAGCUCUCCAGGACCAAAGACAAUAAGUACGUACUGGGUCAGAACAGCUGCCUGUUCGACAGCGUUCCUGAGAUCAUCCACUUCUACUCCAGCCGCAAACUACCAAUCAAAGGGGCCGAGCACAUGUCCUUGCUGUACCCCGUGGCCAUCCGGACACUAUAGAGGCAGAAGCGCUGCAGAAGCAGGACGUUCGUUCAGCGUUUACAAGACAACGACAAACUAAAGUGCUACUGAGAUCCCGAAGACAAUAAGGGAGACUCCUGGACGUCGCCUCCGUCUCGUCUCGAGGGACGCGGUUUCACUGUCCUCCAAAUGCCUUCUUCGUGAUUCCAGACCCGUUUUCUUCUCAUAAGUGGAUCUUUAGUCUUAGACCUGCACCCACACUUUAUCUCCACUGUUACACACUGUACAGAAACCCGAAACGUCGCUCGGACUUUACUAUUCGGAUGUGUAUAGUUGCCAUUUCUGGACAUGUGAACCAUUAGACGUUCUUGAACAUUACAUCGCCGCAGUAAACGAACAAAGACACUGAAUCGUACUGUAGCGAAACCUCAUCGUCUGGACUUUCUGUGACGGUAUCAUAAAAUCAAAUGGGUGAAAUAUUAGCUAAUCAUUAAACAUGAACAUUUUCAGAAUAUAUCCAAAAUAAUCUCCAGAAGACUGAAAUCUAGCGUUCGGCGUUUUCCAGUUAGAAACACAGAUGUGAAGAGAGAUCACUACGCAGACAGAUUCAUUAAGUCCCUUAAAAUAGCAGUAAUAGAGCAGAGCGAGGGGAGAAGAGAUGGAUGGUGCCUUUUAAGUGCACUUGGACCGGCGGCUAUGCAGAACAGCGUGAAAAAGGACCUUUUAAUGUAACGUUCAGAGAGAGUCACUUCAGCAGAGUUUAGGAUGAUCUUGACCAAGGAGAAUGAAAUAUUCCUGUAUUGUCUACCUCAGAAAAUCAAUUUCGUUCAUCCAUCCGCCGGUCGAUAAGGUACAGUGACGUUACAGAUAUCGAUCGUCUCAAAAUCCCACCAAAUUUUGCCUUUUGGUUUGAGAAUAGCUUCUUCUUCACCCGAACGCAAUCAGACCCUGGUUUCUGUGCUGUCGUGACUCUGUUUGGUUAAUGCCUUAUACUGUAAAUGCAUGGAUUAAAAAAGAAAACAAAAGGAGAACGCUGUUGUUCAAUGAAUGUUUAGUGGCUGUAAUUUAUUAUGGAGAAAAAAAAUUAAUGCUAGUGCUGAUGUUUUAGUCCAGCUAAGACAAUGUUCUUGGCCUGUGUGUGUGUGUGUGUGUGUGUGUGAUAUCUGACCUUCAUAAAGUGUGUCAUAUAUCUGACGUGUCUUCAUGAUUGUCCCCACCUGAAUACUCUGAUUGGAUGCUGCUUGCCAUGGAAACCAUUUAGAGCAGUUCAGCCAAUCAGAGCGCAGAUUUGUCCUGACCCUUCCUCUGACCUCUGGUUUUCCUCAUUUGCCAUCAUCCGGUUUCUUUUGUGUCGUUGUUUCUCUCUCUCUCUCUCUCUCUCUCUCUCUCUCAGCGUGUUUGAUUUAAAGUAUGAUAAAGCCUGUGUGAUUGGAUCAUUGUCAAUCGUUGUGUUUCGUUCUUGUUUUUAGUUUUCAGUUCAUCGUUUCCCUCUCCGAUACAAUGUUUUUAUUCUUUCAACCUUUAAAGGGACAGUUCCACCCAAAAAAUGAAAACUUUCAUCAUUUACUGACCUUCAUGUCAUUAUUUUUCUGAAUUUCUUCUCCAUACAGUGAGAGUUAAUUCAACUUAAAAAGCAUCACAAAUCACCCUAAGGAAUCAAAAAGUAUCAAAAUACUAAUUUUGAAUAUGCAAAAAGAAAUACAAUAAAAAUUGUAAAAUAUUAUUCUAAUCUAAAUCAUCUGUUUUCUGUGUGAAACUCUGUUAAAGUGUAAUAUAUUUCUGUGAUGCUCCGCUGUAUUUUCAGCAUCAUUCCUCCAGUCUUCAGUGUCACAUGAUCUUCAGAAAUCAGAAUAAUAUGAUGAUUUACUGCUCAAGAAACAUUUCUGAUUAUCUGCACAAUAUUUCUGUGGAAAAGGUCGUACAUUUAGUUUUUCCAGGAUUCAGAGAUGAACAGAAAAACCAAACAAAAUUGAUCCCAAACAAAACUGUAGAUGACCUCAAAGCUAAUGGGCUAAAUGGACAAGAUAGAGAUUGUUUGAAAAUGACUUGAAUCACUUGAAAGUGAUUAAAUGACAACAGGAUUUUCACUUUUGCCUGAACUGUCCCUUUAAAAGAGAUUACAGGUUAAUGAGGAUUGAUGUAAAUCUGCAAGAAAAUGCAUUUACACUCAACAUUUAACGUCUCCGUGACCUGAACCACACUGUGCAUCCUUCAUGCCAUUACACUGAAAUGUCAAACUGUGAAUGCUCUCCACAGCAUCUCAUUAUAAACUGCUGUUUUAGAUGCUGAUCAGCAGAAACAUGCUUUAAUAAGAGCGCAGAGGUCAGUGAGGAGAAGAGAGAGAAUCAAAGGGAAGAUGAAUGUGCUGGAUGUGUAAGAUGACUACAGGACUCAGAAGAUGUGAUUAUGUUUAGAAAUGAUCCCAGUUCUGAUUGUGACAGCGUCCCACAGGAAUCAGUGCAGUAACGAGUCUUUGGAGAUCUAUGUGUGAAUAUCAUUGCCUUAUAAAGUACAACUAAAUCUAAUCUAAGUUGUUUUUGUUUUAAAUAAAAGUCACAGGCAAAACAGAUCCAAAAAUAUGUUUCUUAAAAUGUAUUUGGACGUAUUUUAUGGGUCAAAACAUGGAUGAAAAUAAAGGAAAAUUUGUUUUGCCAUUGAUGGUUCCAUGAAGAGUCUUUAAUAUCCAUGACAUUUACUAAAAUCACCAAAUAACUGAUCUGUUCGAAACUAAUCUGGGAAGAAAACUUAGAUCUGAGAAUUAAGAUUUGCCAUAAAAGCCUUAUAUUUUUAAAUUGUUUAAAUUGUAAAUUGACUUUAUUUUAUGGAUCGAUGAAUCCAGAUAAUUGGUCAUUAAACAUUCAGAUUAAAAACAGCACUUCUCGGCAGACAGACCAGAUCAGGCAUGUUAGAUGUUUAGAAGAGAAUGAAGCGUUGGGAGAUUCUGAACGUCUUGGGAACGACAGAAGACUAGAAAUAAAAGAGUAAAGCACCAGGAGAACUAGAGAACUGAAGGAUGGAGAGCAGAUCUCUGUCUGCUACGUCAUUUCCACUCGUCUCUGGAGAAACUCAUCUGCUUCUCCACUCGUGCUGACGGAGGUGUGUGUGUGUGUGUGUGUAUUUCAUAUGUUUGAAAUGGGUUUGUGUACAUUUGCUUCCAUGUAUGCACUAACAUAUCUGUACAGUUCCUCUCGCCAAAUGUAUAUAUACUGAAUGUAUUGUUUGGGGAUGUAGAGGCUUUGAGAUUCUGACAAAUAAAGUUUAUGGGUUGAACUAAA